GUGACUACAGCAGGUCCAUAAGAUGUGUGUAAACGGCUGGAGAGCCACAGGUGCGUAUUUACGGUGGAGUUAAAGCCACGUCGGCGUACGAAGAGUCGGUGGGGGAAAUGGCUUAACAGGUGCGUUUUUCGUUUUUAAAAGAUGUGACCAGCUUUACUGAGAUCGAUACGAAUCGCACUCUGGUUAUAAAUCUCCCGGGUGUACGUCGGAGAUGGUCGCAGCGGAGUAGGCCUCUGUCAUGCCUCGGACUCGCGUGAGGACGUAAGCGGAACGAGAGAGCGCACUGGUCCGGGGAAAACUCUCAAUCGUGGAACUUAGAAAGCCUUGCCUGUAUUCUUCCUGCAGGGUCGUAGAGACCUGGAGACAUGAUUACACCAGGCAGAAAGGAUUUCGUGUCAGUAGCAGUAGAUGAAAGUGGGGCUUAUACCAAUGGCAAACAGCGAAAGCAGUCGUACUGGAGGAAAUGGAAGCAGUUGUCCAGCCUGCAGCGCAGCCUUAUCCUAUUUGUUCUGAUUCUGCUCCUGAUCAGUGCGAUCGUCGUAUACCCCGGGCUCUUGACGCGUUGGGGAGCUCAGUCAGACACGGUGGAAAGAAGGAGAGAUGAUGAUGGGUUGCUGUCACGUGGCGAGAUGAAGAGCGGAGGCAAAGCUGUUCUGCCUGAGCCCCCUUCAGAGAAAAAGGGCUCUCGUAAGCGAGGACCACCUGCCCUGCAGAACCGCUCCCAGAAUAAAGUAAACGGGUCUGAGGCGCAGAAAGUGGACGUGAAGGUGGUGGUGGAGGACGGGAAUAAGUCUCUAAUCAGUUGGCGUGGCGCUGCGAUCAAGACAGACAAAGACACAGAUGCUGAGAAGAAGGAGUCUGAGGACUCGUCAGCAGUGGAGAGCAGACUGGAGGCAGUGAGGGAGGCUUUCCGACAUGCCUGGAAAGGCUACAAAGACUUCGCCUGGGGUCACGACGAACUCAAACCCGUUUCCAAAUCUUACACCGAAUGGUUCGGGCUGGGGCUGACGCUUAUCGAUGCACUGGACACUAUGUGGAUCUUGGGACUUAAAAAAGAGUUUGAGGAAGCCAGGCAGUGGGUGGCCACACAUCUGUCCUUCGAGAAAAACGUGGACGUGAACCUGUUCGAGAGCACCAUCCGCAUAUUGGGCGGCCUGCUCAGCAGUUACCAUCUGACCGGUGACGCAUUGUUCCUGGAGAAAGCUAAAGACAUCGGCUCCAGGUUGAUGCCCGCCUUCAACACGCCGUCAAAGAUCCCGUACUCGGACGUGAACAUCGGGAGUGGUGUGGCUCAUCCACCACGCUGGACCUCCGAUAGCACGGUCGCCGAGGUGACCAGCAUCCAGCUGGAGUUCCGAGAGCUGAGCCGACUCACCGGAGACCCCAAAUACCAGGAUGCCGUAAUGGAGAUAAUGAGGCGGGUGCACAAACUGGAAGGGAAACAUGAUGGCCUUGUGCCCAUGUUCAUCAACACCAACAACGGGCAGUUCACCCACCUGGGCGUGUACACGCUGGGUGCCCGCGCUGACAGCUAUUAUGAAUACCUGCUCAAGCAGUGGAUCCAGGGAGGCAAGACUGAGACAGAGCUGUUGGAGGACUACAUGCAGGCUGUGGAGGGGGUUAAGAAGAACCUGCUGAAGAAGUCUUCUCCUCACGACCUUACGUUCGUAGGAGAGCUGUCUCACGGACGCUUCAGCCCCAAGAUGGAUCAUUUAGUGUGCUUCCUGCCUGGCACGCUGGCCCUGGGGGCGCACAACGGCCUGGUCGCCGAGCACAUGGAGCUGGCUCAGCAGCUGAUGGAGACCUGCUACCAGAUGUACACACAGAUGGAGACAGGCCUGAGUCCUGAGAUCGUGCACUUCAACAUGCAGGCGGGCAGCACACAGGACGUGGACGUUAAACCUGCAGACAGACACAACCUGUUACGGCCAGAAACCGUGGAAAGCCUCUUCUAUCUAUACCGCUUCACCAAGGACAAGAAAUAUCAGACCUGGGGAUGGGAGAUCUUUCAAAACUUCAAUAAAUACACCAGGGUCGAUACUGGUGGUUACACCUCCAUCAAUAAUGUGCGAGACCCGAAAUCUCCCAGUCCGCGGGACAAGAUGGAGAGCUUCUUCCUGGGCGAGACACUCAAAUACUUCUACCUGCUGUUUUCAGACAACUCAGACCUUAUUAACCUGGAUACAUACAUCUUUAACACAGAGGCCCAUCCUUUGCCCAUAUGGCCAAAGGCUAAGUGAUGGACAGUCUCUCUCUUCUCUCUCUCUUCUCUCUCCUCUCUCUCUAUCUCACAUAAACACACACACAUUUCUCUCAGGGCUUUACAGAAAGACUUCAGUUCCUUUGAUAUCUAAACUGCCUUGUUUCUUUUUCCUAUUUUGGGAACAAGAAGCUUUUCGUAAUCGGACUCUAAUUAAUUCAUGACGAUUUCUAAAAGCGUUUACCGAAGUCACGUGACACCCACAAACCGGAACACAGACGGAGGAAGCGGCACGCUUCUUUUAGAACAGUGUAAAUCUCGCCUGUCGUUUCGUCAGUGCCGAAUAAAAACAAAUCCAAUUCUCUAUGCUGUGGAUGAUCAGUCAUCUCCAACACGAACGUGCUUAACUCCUCAUCCUCCGGCGUUAACGAAGGAGUCAACCGUGACAUGAUUACAGCCUAAACCACAGCACUGUAUAGCACAACGAGACAGGACGAAGGGAGACAGGCACGAAUUAUACUGCUGUUUUUUCCCCCCUCCCUGUUAAUUUAGCCGUUUAAAUCAGUGCAGUCGUAUUCAGUCCAAGAGUCGAAUUCACUUUCAAGCUGUGAACCUGUUUGUACAGACUGUGAGCACUUUAUGGCAUCCCUCAUGCUCUUUUGCCAUCAAAUCUGCCCUGUAACACCAUUUUAUUUAGUUUUUUUCCAUUUCGAGGUUUUUAUCCCUUAAAAGAUAUGCUGUUUUAUAUAUAUACUAGAUAUUCUUUUGUGCUGCCUCCAGCCCCGAGAUCACUGCCACAUUCCUGUAUAUAGGAAACGCAAUGUUAUGUUUUCUGUGUCGUAAGAUUUUACCCGGUCGUGUGUUUUCAAUUUUGUAAACGCCACCUGAUGCUCAUUGCGCAUAAGCACAAGUAUACACCUCGCACAUGAACCAGUAAUUCAUCAAGAAACUUGAAAGCAAAUUUUAAACCAUUCUCUUGCUAUGAUAAGCCCCGCCUCCUGAGCUGCGAUUGGCUCUCAGUUGUUGUUGUUGUUGUUGUUGUUGUUGUUGUUGUUGUUGUUGUUGUUGUUGUUGUUGUUUCAAAGCCAUAUGAUGAUUAGACAAGAUAAGGAGCCAGAAUGUGGAAAAAGGAGCUGUCUCCACCACAAUACUGUUGAAUUAUCAAUUCUGAUUAGUUAGGAGGUCCUGCUUCGUUUCUUUUAACGGUAGCUCGCGACGUCAAAGCAAAUUACGUUUAUAGAAAGGCACUCGAUCUAAUGCAACUUAUCCUCAUGUGGCGGAUGCGCUACAUAAUCCGAGUAAGACUGAUUCUAUGUAGACGUGUUCAUGAGGUGAAGGUUUAGCGUUUUUGGAAGGAGUCUCCAGUAUCAGCAGCUUUUUUGAGCUUCAGGAUGGAAGGCUUUGCGUCUUCCCGAUAACCCAGCUGCUUUUUUGGUCCUAUUGAGAGAGAGGGAGGGAGAGGGGAGGCGGAAUGUAGCUGUUAUAACGCACGGAAUUACAGGCGUCACAACAGUGAAUGAAACUAAACACUGAUAAAAUUGGUAGUUUUAUUCCUUGCAUAUUUCUAUUCAGGUGUCACUAACGUCGUCUCUAUCUAACGUAGCGCGUCACCUCGUUCCUACGUCGCAGGUUCGAUCGCCACGUGUCUCUCUCUCUCUCUCAUCACGGCGUCGCUUUCGUCUGACCCAGAGCUCAGAGCCAGGAAGGGCUGAAAAACACUGACUCUGUAAAUCGUGUGUCGUUCUGCUUGUGCCUUUUGAAUCUUUACUGAGCAAUGAAGUCUAUUUUGAUUCCUGAGACUCGUGUUUUUGUAUCGAAACGUCCCAUGACUACGGCUGUGGUUUUAGUGUUUACAGAUUUGUUGUAGAUCAUGAACAAUCUUAUUUAUGAUAGAUUUCUGUGAUCAUUAAGUUCAAUGAAACCAGCUCAUGUGCAUUUUGUAGUAAAUGUGUUCCAAUGGCCAAUGUGCAUAUUUUACAUCUACAAUCAAGGGCUUUGUAUAGAUCCCCCCCCCCCCCAGUGAUGAAUGUGUAGUUACCUUUAAAUUAUUAUUAUUCUUAUUAUUGUUCUUCUAGAGAUUGACCAAAGACAGCGCUGUUCAAAAGAAGACCUUUUUAUGUGAUGCUGAAAGAAGCGAAUAAUUCAAAUUUGUGUUUAAUUCUGAUGAUUUACUGUAGAAAAAUUCAGUUUCUGUCACUGGUUGAUUGCUUUAAGAGUCGUGUGUGUGUGUGUGUGUGUGUGUGUGUGUGCGCGCGUGUGUAAUGUGAG